AUGCAAGGCUUCAACAGGACCACUGUGGUUACACAGUUCAUCCUGGUGGGCUUCUCUAGCCUGGGGGACCUCCAGCUGCUGCUGUUCGCCAUCUUCCUCCUCCUGUACUUGACAAUCCUGCUGGCCAAUGCCGCCAUCAUGGCUGUCAUCCGCUGCAGCAGGGCUCUCCACACUCCCAUGUAUGGUUUCCUCUUCAUCCUCUCCUUUUCAGAAUCCUGCUACACUCUUGUCAUCAUCCCCCAGUUGCUGGCCCACCUGCUCUCAGCCACCAAGAGCGUCUCCUUUGUGGCCUGUGCCACGCAGCUCUUCUUCUUCCUUGGCUUUGCCUGCACCAACUGCUUUCUCAUUGCUGUGAUGGGGUACGAUCGCUAUGUGGUGAUUUGCCACCCCCUGAGGUACAUGCUCAUCAUGAACAAAAGGCUAGGGUCCGGUCUGGUUUCCCUGUCUGGAGUCACGGGCUUCUGCAUUGCUUUGGUGGCCACCAAACUCAUCUCUGACAUGCCUUUCUGUGGUCCCAACAGGGUCAACCACUAUUUCUGUGACAUGGCACCUGUCAUUAAGUUGGCCUGCACAGACACCCAUGUGAAAGAACUGGCUCUAUUCAGCCUCAGCAUCCUGGUGAUCAUGGUGCCUUUCUUGCUAAUUCUUAUCUCCUAUGGCUUCAUCGUUAACACCAUCCUAAAGAUCCCCUCAGCUGAGGGAAAAAGGAAGGCCUUUGCCACCUGCGUCUCCCACCUCACGGUGGUCUUCGUGCACUACGGCUGUGCCUCCAUCAUCUACCUGAGGCCCAAGUCCAAGUCUGCCUCAGACAAGGAUCAGUUGGUGGCAGUGACCUACACUGUGGUCACUCCCCUACUCAAUCCUCUGGUCUACACUCUGAGGAAUCAGGAAGUGAAGUCUGCCCUGAAAAGGGUUCUGGGGAAGCCCUGUAGCAACCACGGCGAUCUAACAAAAAAUCCUAAAACUCGGAGUCCCCCCAUGAGCAAGGCAGCUCUCAGUUUUGGUGAAAUCUCAGCCACCUCUCCUGGGACCCAGCAGGAUGUGCCGGCCACUCCCCCCUUCCUGCCCUCAGCCCAGUGUUGCAGGGCUCCAAAGCAGGUUGUGCAUAAACAUCUUUCUACCCCUGCAGGUGACAUUCUGGAGCCUGGAUCCCUGUCUCAGUUUAUGUUGCUCUACAUAAUCCAGUUGUCCACGUCCUCAGCUUUCUCCAUCCAUCGGGUAGAAGAUGACAGAUGGACCUCCUCUCAGUCACUGUUGGCCAAGGGCAUAUGGCUCCUGAGCUCCGCCAGGCUUAGCCCAGCAUGUCCUGAUCCCUCCCAUCCUGCUGAAGCUCCAACAAUUGCUAUCACUCCUGGAGAAUUCGACAGCAACCAAGGGUAG